GUCUGCUAAAAACAUGGCGGCCGUUUCCGGUACAGAGCUGUGCGAUCCUAAAGUUAUUUCUGCGAAAACCUCUGCAGAAAAGAGGAGGAGAUUUACAGGACCGAAAGGCGGUGCUGCGGCACGAUUGGCACACCAGAUUCCAGACGACAUUCUCAACAAUGUGGAGCUACAGAAGGCAGUUCAACAGUUGCCUUCAAACUACAACUUUGAAGUCUUCAAAACAAUAUGGAGAGUCAAAUCUUCAGGAGCCAAAAGAGUGGCCUUACAGUUUCCAGAAGGUCUCCUGAUGUUUGCGACCACAAUUGCAGACAUUAUAGAAAGGUUUACAGAAGCUGACACCCUGAUCAUGGGAGAUGUGACGUACGGUGCCUGUUGUGUGGAUGACUUCACUGCCAAGGCCCUGGGUGCUGACUUCAUGGUGCACUAUGGCCACAGCUGCCUCAUCCCCAUCGAUGCGACAUCAGGGAUGAAGAUGCUGUACGUGUUUGUGGACAUUAAGAUCGACACCAUGCACUUCAUCCAGACUGUACACCACAACUUCAGCCCUGCCUCCUCCCUGGCACUGGUCAGCACCAUACAGUUUGUGGCUGCACUUCAGGCUGCUAAACAAGAGCUGAGUACAGACUACAAGGUUCAUGUUCCCCAGUCCAAACCCCUGUCUCCGGGGGAGAUCCUGGGCUGUACUGCUCCCAGACUACAGGACACUGAUGCCAUCAUUUACCUAGGUGAUGGCAGGUUCCAUCUGGAGGCUAUCAUGAUCGCCAACCCUGAAGUUCCAGCUUACAGGUAUGACCCGUACAGUAAGGUGUUCUCCCGUGAGUACUAUGACAUUGAGCUGAUGCACCACAACAGACACCAGGCCAUCCAGACGGCCGCUCAGGGGAACAAGUUUGGACUCAUCCUGGGUACCCUGGGCAGACAGGGGUCUCCUAAGGUCUUAGAGCACCUUGCAGAGAAGCUCCAGCAGUGUGGUAAGGAGUAUGUCACAGUCUUACUGUCAGAAGUCUUCCCAGACAAACUCAACAUGUUCUCAGACAUAGACGCGUGGAUCCAGGUAGCCUGUCCACGGCUGUCCAUAGACUGGGGAACAGCAUUCACUAAGCCUCUGCUCACACCUUAUGAGGCCUCAGUUGUGCUUGAUGCUGUAGCCUGGCAGAACACCUAUCCUAUGGAUUUCUACGCUAACUCCAGUCUAGGGCCCUGGACCGUGAACAACGAGAAACACAGGCCGUCACGACCCGUCAGACAGAAAAGAACUGUUUCAGCAAAGCCAACGUUAAAUCCACCGGAGUCUAACCCAACUGGCUCGUGUGAACGUAGAACUGAGAGAAAACCAGAUGUGGAAAACCUGGCAGAGUUUGCACUGAAGUCAUGUUGUGGAAAGGAGUCAUGUUCAAAAGAUGCACAACAGUGAAAAGAACCUCAUUGGCAAUUGUCACAGAUUGAUAGAAGAAGGGCUGUACAAGAGUUAAAGCUAACUGAAGCAUCUGAGAGAGGGCAAAAGUAACACCAGU